UGAAGAUAAAUAGCAAAUUGUGCAGAUGCUGAUACGUGAUCAUUUUGAAGAGAAAGUGACAGUGGUUUCCAUAGUCGGUAUGGGCGGUUUAGGCAAGACAACACUUGCUCAGUUGGUCUACGGAGAUAAAAAUGUGGAGAGUCACUUCCAACUACGCAUAUGGGUAUGUGUCUCUGAUGAUUUUAAUGUGGCAAAGCUUGCUAGAAACAUCAUGCUCACCGCCUCUGGGAAAUCUUACAAUGAUAAUGAACCCAUGGAGGUGCUACAGCGGGAUCUACGGCAACUCCUGGGGCAGAAGAGGUAUCUCCUUGUCUUGGAUGAUGUUUGGAAUGAAGAUCACCUGAAGUGGGAUGCACUUAGACGUCUGCUUCUUGAUGGUGAAGAAGGAAGCAGAAUUUUAGUAACCACACGCAAUGAGAACUGCUCAACCAUAAUGGGUGCAAAAAAAUCUUAUCUUCUACAGGGUUUAUCAGAAGAAAGGUCCUGGGCUUUGUUCGAAGGCACAUUCACCACAAGUGUAUCAAGACAACCAGACUUCCCAGAGAUUGGUAAAAAGAUUGUUAACAAGUGCAAAGGGUUACCUCUUGCUAUAAAAGUAAUGGGCAGUGUUAUGUGUUCCAAGAGAGAUGAAAGUCAAUGGCAAGCUGUGUUAGAUAAUGAAAUAUGGGAUAUACUACGAGCUAAGGAUGACUUCGGACCUGCAUUAUGGCUAAGCUAUGUUGAUUUGCCCUCUCAAUUGAAGAAAUGUUUUGCCUUCUGUGCCAUAUUCCCAAAAGAUAGUGUGAUUGAAGUAGAUAUGCUGGUUCAAUUUUGGAUGGCUCAAGGGUUUAUUCCAUUCCAAACUAGAAAAGAGACAGAAGUUGAAGGCCGUGAUAUUUUCAGUGAAUUGAUAUGGAGAUCUCUUCUGCAAAAUGUUACUACUAAUAAUUAUGUUGGUGGCACCCAUUAUUAUAGCUCUAAAGGUGGUGGUUGGAAAGUUCCUAGAUUUUGUAAGAUGCAUGAUCUCAUACAUGACCUUGCACAAUUUGUUACUGGAGAUGAGUGCUCCACAUUGCCUGGAAGUAACGAAUUCAAGAAAAUUUCAAAAAGGACCCGUCAUUUCAUAUUAAGUCCUGGUGUAGGAUAUGAUAUGGGUGAUCGCGCCCUUAGUGUUCGCACUGCAUUAUCUGUUGGAACAAACUUCAAUGGAUUGUCAAAGUUGAAGUUGCUCAGAGUGUUAGACAUGUGUUCUGAAUCAAAUGUUGACGAGCUGUCUACAUCAAUACAAUAUUUGCUGCAUCUAAGAUAUCUUGAUCUUUCUGAUACUAAUAUAAGGGAACUACCAGAAUCAAUCUGUAUGCUUGUUAAUUUGCAAACAUUGAAUUUGAAUGGUUGUGAUCUACUUACUAAGCUUCCCAUGAGCAUAGUGUACAUGAACAGUCUUAGACAUCUUCAUCUUAGUAGGUGUCCAGAACUAAAAAUCAUGCCGUUUGGUUUAAGUCGAUUGCGUUGCUUGAAAACAUUGACAAAAUACAUUGUCUCUGAUAAAGCGGGGAACAACUUAGGAGAGUUAAAGCAUUGGAAUCUUGACGGUGAACUUGGGUUGUAUGACCUCCACAAGGUGAAGAAUGCGGAUGAGGCAAAAGAAGCUAAAAUGAGUAGCAGACAAAGCAUUAACUCAUUGUCCUGUCUUGGGGAACAUCAGUGGAAAAUGCAGAACAAGUGUUGGAAGCCCUGA